CGACCAUAUAGAUAACAAAGCCAUACGUUCGUUGUAAUAUAUUGGCCAACAUUUAAAUGAAUUGUUAACGCAAUACAUUAGGCGAUCUACCGUGUUUAAAUUUCAUUUAAAACAAGGAAUCUAUGGCAAGCAAUUUUCCGCUUGGUCGAACACAGAGGGGUGAAUUCAGUGGCGUACUGAACCAAGCGCAAUAUGAAGAAUCAGGGGGAUCAUCUCGCCAAAGCCCAAUUGAUGGGACCAUUACUGGGGAAGAGACAAAAAGGAAAGAAAAACGGCGCUGCAUGGGUCUGAAGUACCUGGCGUUUAUCAUAGUGGUGUGUGGCCUGCUAGCGGGAGUGAUAGUAGCGGUUGUGUUUGGGAAGAAGUCUCUGACAGAUAAGAGACAAAAGGUACCACUUGGGGGCAUACUAUCUACUGAAGCACCUAAAGUUGAGUGUCCGGAUGUGACCAUACUACACGGAGAUAAGAUCGUGUUCGCGUGCGACUUCUCCAAUAACCGCGGCGUUACAGCUGCAUGGGACAAUAUAGAAUGGCCAAAAACAGAGGUCGAUUACCCACCUAGUCAUGUGAACAAGUCGGACAUGUUGUGCAACAAACGCGAUGGUUUCGUCAUGCAAUGCAACGGCACAAGGGCCACGUGCUCAAAUAAUGGAAGGAUAACUCUGAAACUGAAAACCAGAAUAGGAUAUGAACCAUAUUCUACGUCGUUCGCGAUGAGUUUGCAAGAGAAGACUAUCCGACCGUCAACGCCGAUUGCCAAUAACGCGUCUGGAUCUGUUGUGGUAGGAUGUAGCGUAAGCGGGGUUUGCAAGCCAUACAAGAUGCAUUUCUACGCGUAUGAGAAUGACACCAAGAAAACAAAAAUUGACGGACCUCAGCUCAACUAUGAAAGCUAUUUCAAUAAUACUAACGGCUAUACGAUCGCCUGUAAUGACGAAAUUAAAGGCGACGACAUUCGUAAAGGCAAAACAAGGGUCGCGUGUGCCCUGACCGAUGGUAUGGAUGAAUUAAUAGCACAGGAGACGGAGAUUCAGUUUCCGGUAUGUUGCGAAAAGAAAGUCCAGUCAGCUAUAAACUGCGAAGCAGUCUGCAGGAACUGCACCGGCGGUUGUCCUUACUGCAACAAAGACAUCUGGUGUCGAAAUGGGACAAAUACAUUUAUCACGGACAAGGAUUCAGCGUUCGAUAUUUGCGAGAUAAUGAACAAUUUAAACUGUACGCGUUAAGGAGGUUGAACAAAGUUUACACGAAAGUGUUAACUGUUCUUUUUCUUU